UUUACUCAAAACUAAAAGAGAAAAGUGAAAGAGGCAAAUAGAAAGGCAAAAAGGGAGGGGUCGUCGGCGGCCUCUUGUCCUCGCCGACCAACUUAUACUAUCACUUUCACCACCACCCCCUCCCAUCUUCAUCCCCACUUUUCUAAUAUAUACGCACAACACAUAUACUCUACUUAGGAAUUAGAGUAUAUGUGUUGAUUUCCUAUAUCAUACCUUUCAUUUCAACUAAUUGUUUUUUUUUAUGAUCACUUGAAAAGAUCAGAGCCAUGAAUCACGAUGAAGCUGCUGUUGUUGAUAAUACAAAUACUAACAGUAACAGUAAGAAUAAGAAGAAGAAGCGUCGAUCUAACCGGAAAUCCAAACACAGUUCAGCCUCUGCUCCAGUAAAUGGGAUAUGUCUCGAGUCGCCGUGUCCUUUAAGCCCUGGUACAUUGGAUGAGCACAACCUGCUAAAAGCAUCUGACGUUGCUUUCACUUCUUUGCCAACAAUGCAUUUAGAUGAACAACAAGAGGGUGGGAUUCUUCAGAACAAUCAAAUGUUGCCAUCUGAUUAUGAUGGGAGAAUGCUUCCGAGGUCAUGUCCUGAACCAAUAGCUUGCAAGAAAUCGACGCUUUAUACAAAUGUAAGAUAUGAUUCGCGUUCAUCUCCACUUAGUCAGUGUAAGGCUCAGAGAAGAAUUUAUUGCACCUACUGGUCCAAUGAAGCUGUUACUCGGGGCUUGGAGAGUGGUGAUAUUUUCAAGGCAUUAAUUCGUGUGAAUGCUCACAAUCGCCUCGAGGCAUACUGCAAAAUUGGUGGAGUGCCUACAGAUAUCCUUAUUAAUGGAAUCAUUGCCCAGAAUCGAGCUAUAGAAGGCGACAUUGUUUUGAUUAAAAUAGAUCCAUUGUCUUCAUGGACCAAGAUGAAGGGGUCUUCUGGACCAUCCAACAGUGCUGCUGUCAGUCAUGUUUGUGAUUUGGUUCCAGAACCCACUGUUUUAGUUGGCAAUAUCUCCGAAGGGGAAGGUAUAGUAGAUAUUGAUUUUGAGUUCGGUAAUCGUAUGAAUCUUCUGGAAAAGAAAUUACAUGAUGAGGGAAAUACUUACUUUGGGGAAAAUGGUAGUCCCGGACCAGUUGGCACUUUGUGCAAAUCUUGCGUCAACAAAAAUUUAUAUAUUGGAAGUUCACGUGAACCUAAAAACAAUGCAAGUGCAGUGAGAAAGUUGUGUGCCAUGACAAGUGCAUAUCCAUUGAAACGUCCAACAGGAAAAGUUGUUGCAAUCAUUGAAAGCUCAAGUUAUCGGGAUGGUGUUGUUGGUAUUCUUGAUGUGAAGCAGUGGAUUUUCAGUAGGGAAGAUUGUACAGAGAAUUGUAAGCCUGUUAAUCUUCCAUUGUCACUUUAUUCAGUUGAGUACAUACCUUUUGUACCAACUGAUUCAAAGUUUCCAAAAAUGAUGGUUCCUGUUAGUGGACUACCUGACUGCAUCCAGAAAAGAUUGGAAGUUGGUGAUGCCACAAUUGAGGCAGAACUUGUAGCUGCACGAGUCGUUGACUGGGGGGAAGAAGAUGACGUUCCUGAAGCUCAUGUAAUUCGAGUCUUUGGAUUUGGUGCAGAUGUGGAGGCACAUAUUGCCGCAAUUUUAUUUGAAAAUGCAAUCCACUCCUGUGAAUUUCCUCCCGAGAUACUCUCUUGCCUUCCAAGUGUAAAUUGGGUGGUACCACAAAAAGAAUAUCAAAACAGGCGAGAUAUAAGAGAUUUAUGUGUCUUUACAAUAGAUCCCGCUUCUGCAACUGAUCUUGAUGAUGCUCUAUCUGUUGAAUGGCUAUCCAGUGGCAUCUUCAGGGUUGGUGUCCACAUUGCUGAUGCUUCUUACUUUGUUCUUCCUGGCUCAGCAUUAGAUGUAGAAGCUCAAUUUCGCUCAACAAGUGUAUAUUUGUUGCGGCGCAAGUUCCCCAUGCUGCCAUCAUUGCUUUCAGAAAAUCUAGGUUCACUUAAUCCUGGAGUAGAAAGACUAGCAUUUUCUAUAUUUUGGGAUAUUAAUUUUUCUGGGGAAGUUCUUGAUCGUUGGAUAGGCCGCACAAUAAUACAAUCUUGUUGCAAGCUUUCAUACGAGCAAGCUCAGGACAUUAUUGAUGGGAAGUUUGAUGUGGAAAAUUUUACUGCCUCAGAAAAUGGUUUGCCACGUGUACAUGGUAAAUUUCAGUGGUCCCAUGUAGUUAAAUCUGUUAAGAGUCUGCAUGCCGUAUCCAAAACUUUGCAGGGAAAGAGGUAUACUGAUGGCGCUCUCUCAUUGAAUAAUCCCAAAUUAAUUUUCUUGUUUGAUGAGGAUGGGAGCCCAUAUGAUUGUGUGAUUAGUAAAAUGAAGGACUCGCAACUCUUUGUCGAAGAGUUUCUGCUUUUGGCCAACAGGACAGCUGCAGAAGUAAUAACUAGGGCCUAUCCCUCUACUGCUUUAUUGCGAAGGCAUCCUGAACCUAAUUUGCAUAAGCUUAAGGAGUUUGAAUCCUUUUGUAGCAAACAUGGUCUAAAUGUGGACACUUCUUCAUCUGGAAAACUUCAUCUUUCAUUGACACAUAUUAAGCAAGAACUUAAAGACGAUUUCAUGCUUUUUGAUAUUCUUUUGUCAUAUGCGACAAGAUCAAUGCAGAUAGCUACGUACUUCUGCAGUGGAAAUUUAGAAGAUUGCGAAGCUGAUUGGGGUCACUAUUCUUUGGCUGUGCCCCUCUAUACUCAUUUCACGUCUCCAUUGCGUCGCUACCCUGACAUUGUAGUUCAUAGGACGCUAGCCGCAGCAGCCGAAGCAGAAGCAAUUUAUACGAAGAACAAGCUGCUUAAGCAUGAAGACAGGACCGGAAGAUUCUUAACUGGUAUAUAUUUUAACAAAGAUGCUAUAGAAUCUCAUGAAGGUCAGGAAGCACUGUCAAUUGCUGCGGCAGGACAUAGUGUCCCAUGCACAGAAUUGCUGAUGGUUGUUGCUGCACAUAGCAAUGAAAGAAAACUGGCUAGCAGACAUGUCAAGGAUGCUACAGAUAAACUUUUCAUGUGGCUUUUACUGAGGAAGGAGGUAUUUUUUUCGAAAGCCCGAGUCGUUGGUCUUGGUCCUAGAUUUAUGUCAAUCUACAUUCAGAAGCUAGCUAUUGAGCGACGUAUAUAUUAUGAUGAAGUUGAAGGUUUGACAGCAGAAUGGCUUGAUGCUACAUGUACAUUGAUACUUAAUCCGAGCACAAAUAAAGGUAUACAAAGAAAAGGAACUCCAGCCAAGUGCAGGCCACUUGAAGAGGCUGUGUUAAUUGUCAGUCCACAUAACUUGAUGGCAGCAAGUGAUCCUUCCAGUAAGCAUUGUAAUGGGGCAGGUAGUUCAAAAAUGGAAGAGCGAGAUGCGCUAGCCAGCAUCAUGCAUCCCGAAGAUAUAGAACCAUCUGUUUUUCCUCUCAUAGUUCGCAACUUAUCAACAAUCUCUGUUGUGCUUCAUGCUGUUGGCGGUAAUGGACCCCUCGACAUAGGAGCCAGGUUGUAUGCUAGCUCCUAUCUUGUAUAGGGAAUUUUUUUGUGGGUCUAGUACUUCCCCAAAGCAAAAGGUUCCCCAAGAUGACAAGAAUCCACAAUAAUUUUUGGUUGUGUUGGUUAUGGGGUAGUAGUGUAUAGCUAGGGGAUAGAAAAGAGACUAUGAAGUGAUCGGGAGUGCAUUAGGGAAAUGCCUAUUCCUGAAUGUGUGACUGUCAAAGAGGCUUCGACAGUAGUACUGUUAUAGUGGGUUUUUGUUUGUUUUUUUUUACACAAACCCGCAACCUCUUUGAACCCUUGCAGAAGGUGUGGGAACAAGCCCUAGUUUUUAUGUAGGUUAGUUCCGGGAACACACUGACUCGUGAAAGUCGACAUCAUAUGUUUCGCUUUUUUCUUUGUUGGUAUCUUCUUUCUAAUGGAUUGUUACCCAAUAAUUUUAACUUUGGGUUUCCCUUAUCCAACAGUUGACUUGUGUUACUGAUAUGAACUACCUUUUCUGCUUGUAAAGUUGGAUUUCUUAACAAAUUGUCUGUAAAAUGUUGAAUCGUUCAAUAAGAAUCUCUUGUUACUUUGUGUUCUGCA